AUGUUGUUGGCAAUCAUUGCUUCUGUAAUAUCUGGCGCUAUCGAUCCUUUAUCUUUGGUUAUUUUUGGUAAUUCGAUCAAUACAUUUAUUGAUCGAGUGACUAAUUUAUGUUCACUCAAUUUCACCUCUCUUACUCAAGAAUACUGUCCACCAGGUGUCAUGUUGACAUCGAAUAAUUUUUAUACAUCAACGUCAUUGUGUAAUUUUACUGGAUCAAAUUUGACCGAAAUUAAUUUUGAUCUGAAAGACCAAACAAACAACCAAAUAAUAUUUUUCAUAAUAAUUGGUUGCGUUCUGAUUAUAUGUGGUUAUAUUCGAGUAGCAGCUUUUAAUAUAACAGCAGAGAGACAAACUCGAACUAUUCGACAAAUUUUAUUUCAAUCAAUUCUUAAAAAAGAUAUUGUCUAUUUUGAUACUCAUAAAACUGGUGAACUUAAUACACUUUUAUCGGAUGAUGUCAAUAAAAUUCGCGAUGGCAUUGGUGAUAAACUUGGUGCAAUAAUACGUGCGAUUUCGACUUUCAUAAGUUGUGUUAUUAUUAGUUUGGUCAAAGGAUGGAAAUUAGCAUUAGUCAUAUUGUCCACAUUACCAAUAAUAGUUGCAACAUUCAUAAUUUCAUCCAAAGUUAUUACGAGUUUGACUGCAACUGAACUAAAAGCAUACGGAAAAGCCGGAGCGAUUGCUGAAGAAGUAAUUAGUUCAAUUCGCACUGUUCUAUCGUAUAAUGGUCAAGAAAAAGAAAUACAGCGGUUUGUAUUAUAA